AUGAUUUUAAUAUAUUUUCCAAAUGAAUUAACAUCAUUAGAUAUUUUGUUGGAAAAUGAUUUAAAUUAAUAUAGAGAUUAGGUGAGGAUUUUAUGUAAUGAAACUCGGUAAUUUAAAGGUUUGAGGGAUUCAUGUCGAUGUUUAAAAAUGAUAGAAGUAGAGAGCACAAUUUUGAUAAGAUAAUUAUCCACAUACAUAAAUUAUAAAUAGUAUAGAUGGAGGAGGUUUUGUUGCUAUGUCAUCAAGAUCACAUUAAACUUAUACUAGAAAAUGGGCUAAUGA